AUGUGGAGCGCGCCAGGGGGCGGCCGAGCGGCCCCUCCUUCCGGCGGACGCGCCGCUGCUGCUGCCGGCGCUCCUGGCGCGGCGGGCGGGGGAGCGGCGGAGGGGGCGGCGCCUGCGUCGGCGCUGGAGGUGGCGUCCUUCCUGGGGAAGCUGCUGUGCGCAGUCGCGGCGCUGAAGGCGGCUCUCUACCUGCUCCGCAGAGCCUGCCUAGCGAUGGCCUGGAAGUCGGGGGGCGCCAGCCACGCCGAGCUCAUCCACAACCUCCGCAAAAAUGGAAUAAUCAAGUCAGAUAAAGUAUUUGAAGUAAUGCUUGCCACAGACCGUUGCCAUUAUGCAAAAUGCAACCCCUAUAUGGACUCUCCUCAGUCAAUAGGAUUCCAAGCAACAAUCAGUGCUCCACAUAUGCAUGCAUAUGCUCUAGAACUUUUAUAUGACCAGUUACAUGAAGGUGGCAAAGCCCUUGAUGUAGGUUCGGGAAGUGGAAUUCUUACUGCCUGCUUUGCACGGAUGGUUGGUCCCAAAGGACAAGUUGUAGGAAUUGAUCAUAUCAAAGAGUUGGUAGAUGACUCAAUAAAUAAUGUCCGAAAAGAUGAUCCUUCAUUUCAAUCUUCAGGAAGAGUGAAGCUGAUUGUGGGGGAUGGAAGAAUGGGCUAUCCAGAUGAAGCUCCAUAUGAUGCUAUUCAUGUAGGAGCUGCUGCACCAGUUGUGCCCCAAGCUCUUAUAGAUCAGUUAAAGCCUGGUGGAAGGCUAAUAUUACCUGUUGGGCCUGCUGGAGGAAACCAGAUGCUGGAACAGUAUGAUAAGCUAGAAGACGGCAGUGUCAAAAUGAAGCCUCUGAUGGGAGUGAUAUAUGUGCCUUUAACAGAUAAGGAGAAACAGUGGUCAAGGUGGAAGUGAUUUUCUGUUCGACUUUCUUCUUCCACACACUUACACAUACAAGGGAUGAAUUGUAACAGCUACGUCAUCUGACCCAAACAUCGUGUUAACAGUGGACUGCUCAUCUCCAAUUCUUAAAAAAGCUUUUUCAAAACCAACAGCAUUGCAGCUUGUUUUGGACUUUGUUACACUGUUAUCAGCAUGGAAAAGUGUGUUGUUCUUUAAUUUUAUUUUGUAGUGGUUUAAUGCAAGUUUGGUAAACAACUGAUGCAAAGUUUAGAUUUGGGUAUUGUUUCUUUUCAACAUGCCCUUGUUUUCACCUGUUUAAAGAAAUGAAGGAUAUCUGCAAAUUGACCUGCGAU